GGUUACCAGUGGCACUGGGUGAAGCAAUGCCUUAAGUUAUAUCCCCAGAAACCAAAUGUGUGUAACCUAGACAAGCACAUGACCCAAGAAGAGACUCAGGACCUCUGGGAACAGAGCAAAGAGUUUCUGAGGUUUCUAUGGUCAAGGAAGAAGAAACUUUGAAGUAGGAAAUGAAGAAAUACUUGAACUUAGAGGGAAAAAUAAGUCUGUUCACAAAAGUAGGACACCUCAGUUCUGUUUUGUUCAGAGUUUAUUGUGAGUGAAUAGUGUAGCUAGAGAUUCUUGCACAAGAUGACAGUAGUUAGGUGUAAGCAGCUUCAUUGCAGCAUUGUUCAUAAUGGGAAAAAAUGAGAAACAAGCUAAGUGUCUGUCAGCAAGAGAUCAGCUAAAUCAAGUAGGACAUACCCCAGCAGUAGAAUGCAGCCACAAUACAGCCAUUCAAAAAUCUUAAAUCCAACUCUUUAGCAAAUACAGGAGGGCUACCAUCAUAAUAAAUAAAAUCAAUUUUCAGCAUCUCCAUCACGGCCGCCUUAGUCUGAGCCACCAUCAUUUACCGCAUUAGCCUCCUAGCGUGUCUCCUUGUAUCUGUUCUCAUGCCUCUUCAGUCUGUUUUCUUUUUUUUAAGAUUUUAUUUAUUUGAGAGAGUGCGUGCACGUGCAUGAGCUGGGCGGUGGGGGGCGGCAGACAGAGGGACAAGUAGACUCCCCUCUUGGCGGGGAGCCUGAUGCAGGGCUCUAUCCCAGGGCCCCCAUGAGCCAAAGUCAGAUGUUUAACUGACCAAGCCAUCCAGGCACCCCUCUUCAGUCUGUUUUCUGAUUGAGUGUAGAAAUCCUGGCACUUCUCUUACAGUUUCUCAUCUGCAGUACUGCAGUUCAGUUCUGAUGCAGUCAUUCAGCAUUCAGAGUCGACAAGGACAUCACAAGUUGAGGGCAUGGUCUCCAUGGUCUCCAACCAGGCCAGCCUGACUUAGGACACCAGCCGCAAGUUUGGGAGAUCCCAAGCUACCCACACUUCUGACCAACUGGUUACAAAUUCAGGGGAGUUCCCAUGACCCCCUCAGGUUCAUAAGUCACUAGAACAACUCACAGAAUUUAAGAAAUUCAAGUAUGUAAUCAUACUUACAAUUACAGUUGUAUUAUAAAGGAUGCAAAUCAGGACCAUCCCAAUGAGGAAACAUGUAGGGUGAUGUCUGGGAGGGUCCUGAACGCAGAGCUUCCAUGGAAUCAGGAUGUGUCACCUUCCCAGGAAGCUCUCCCAAACCUAGUAUUCAGGUUUUUUUUUAGAGGGCUUCACUACUUAAGCAUGAUUGAUUAAAUUAUUAGUCACAUGAUUUUUACCCAGCCCCUGAGGUUUAGCUAGUAUCACUUGACUGAAAGCCUCAAUCCCUCUAAUCACAUGAUUAGUCUUUGUAGUCUGACAGGCUCACAUCCUGAGUCAUCUCCUUAGCAUAUACUUAGCUGUGGUCAUAGGGCCCACUGUGAAUAACAAAGAUACUCCUAUUCCUAGAUACUAAUAUUAUAUUAGUUCGAGGUGUAUAACGAUUUGGUAUCUAUAUAUUGCAAAACGAUUAUCUUGGUAAGUUAAGUCACCUCACAUAGUUAUAAAUUUUUUUUUCGUGAUGAGAAUAAGAUUUACUCUUUUAGCAAAUACACAAUACAGUUUUGUUAACUAUAGUCACCAUGUUUUACAUUAGAUUCUCAGAACUUAUUUAUCUACACCCACCUACCCUCACCUUUGGCAGCUUUCAAUCUUUUCUGUUUCUGCAAGUUUAGAUUUUUUAGAUACCACAUACAAGUAAGAUCAUACAGUGUUUAUCUUUCCCUAACAUUUCACUUAGCACAAUGCCCUUAAGGUUCAUGUUAUCACAAAUGACAGGAUUUCCUUUUUUAUGGCUGAAUAGUAUUCAUUUAUAUGUUGUGUAUCAUGUUUUCUUUAUCCAUUCAUCCAUCAGUGGACACUCAGGUUGUUUCUUUGUCUUGGCUGUUGCAAUUAUUUAUGUAAAACAGUGGAGGUUCCUCCAAAAGUUAAAAAUAGGAUUACCAGGGCACCUGGGUGGCUCAGUCGGUUAAGCGUCUGCCUUCAGCUCAGAUCGUAAUUUCAGGGUCCUGAGAUCAAGCCCCACGUCAGGCUCCCUGCUCAGCAGGAGUCUGCUUGUCUCUCUCUCUGCCUGCCGCUCCCCCUGCUUGUGCGCCCUCUCUCUCUCUGUCAAAUAAAUAAAAUCUUAAAAAAAAAAAAAUCCACUGUUAUUUAAAAAAAAAAAUAGGAUUACUGGAGGAUACAGCAAUUUCACUUCUGGGUAUAUAUCCAAAGGGGGAAAAAAAAAAUCAGUGUCUCAAAAAAAUAUCUGCCUCUCCAUGUUCAUUGUAACAUUAUAUACUAAGAUUUUUUUUUUUUAAGAUUUUAUUUAUUUAUUAGAGAGAGAGAAUGAGAGACAGAGAGCAUGAGAGGGAGGAGGGUGAGAGGGAGAAGCAGACUCCCUGCCGAGCAGGGAGCCCGAUGCGGGACUCGAUCUUGGGACUCCAGGAUCAUGACCUGAGCCGAAGGCAGUCGCUUAACCAACUGAGCCACCCAGGCGCCCUAUACUAAGAUUUUUAAUGGAAAUAGGAUUGGAGGACGAGAAGGAGCAGAGACAAUCCUUAGUGUAGCUUGGGGAUUAAUGUUUUUGAAAUGCGUGUGGAGUAUCCUGGCAAAGAUGUCCAGUAUGCCUUUGGAAGUAGGAAACUGAGCUUAGGAGUGAAGUCAGAGAGAGGGAGAUGUGUCAGUUACACAUGAAGACCAUAGUAAAGCGGGGUGUGCAGCUGGCUCAGUCAGUAGGCAACUCUUGAUUUUGGGAUCAUGAGUUUGAGCCCCACAUUGGGUGUAGAGAUUACUUAAAUAAAUAAAACUUUUAAAAAAAUGAUUGAAAAAACAAGUAUCUGUAAUAGGAUUUUUAAGGCUUUUUAUCAUAAACAACCUUAGACGUUUUCUGCCCUGAGUACUUUUGCUUUCAUAAUGAUUCACUAAAGUCCCUUGAAGCAAGGAAGAAAAGGAAAUUCCAGUGCUUAGUUAUGACACUCAAACUACCACUGCACAAAGAGUGGACAGGCAGGACAGUUCAUUUCCACCCAGUUAGGGUGCAGUUGAAAGCAGCACUAGAGGACGUGAUUGCUGAGAGAAAUACUAGCACUUACAUAAGGCACUUAUCCGUGACAGAAAGUGAGCAAGUUGCUGUGUGGGCACAUUCACCAGGGGAGAAGGUGGCCAGCUCACCCGUCCUCCUGCCAGUGCCUGGAGCCACAACAGGGGCAGGGAGCAUAGCGUGUUUUCUGUUUGCAGCGAGAACCAAUAAUCUGGGUCAUACUUGCUUGGAAACAUUCUUUUGGAUAAUUGGAUAAAGAUUUAAAGUUAGGUGCCAGCAUAUCCCUUGCGUUCUUGGAGUGGAUAUGGCAGCUCUGGCACUGAACCUUCCUGGCCUCCUUCUGUACAAGUCAGGUUUAAAAAGAAAACAGCCCAUCCCCCUUAUUAAUCUGUCAGUAUUUCCUGCUUGAAAAUCAUCUGGGAGUGCGUUAAACUUGGUUUUGGCCUUAAACUAUUCAGUGUUCAAGACGGAAUUUUUUGAAAUCUUUGUUACCCAAAGCCCACAGGGACCAAAAUGGUCCCUAAGUAGUGCUGAGACAGGAAGUCGCUAGUGUUGGCCAGUCCUGCUCUCACAUCUUGAAGGCCAGUCUUAAUAAUUAUUGUUACUUUCCUACCAGAAAUUCCAUACAAAGAAAAGAAUUGAAAUUAUGUUCACAGAGGGGUGGAAUCUUAAACCUACAUGGGUCUAACAUGUUUUUUGUGUAAACAAAACGUGUGUGUGUAUAGCAUCAUCCUCAAAAUGGUGCACUCAAUGAUCACAACUAUUCUUUCACUACACAAGUCUUUAAGCUUUUUUUUUCCUUUUUAUUAGGUGGCCUGGGCUUAAUGGUUUUAUACCCUUACACCAGUCCCCUUCAAUAAUACAAGGCAAAGCCCAAAGCCUUCCUUAUUGUGAUACAAUUAAGGUAGAAAAGAGAUGUUCUUUUGGUUUUCUAAAAAAGGAACAAAUUUUAAAAGGUGUAACAUAGGAUGAUUCUAUUCAUGCUUGAUUAUUACUAUGAUUUUGAUGAUUUUAUUGUUAACAAUACCACAAACCUGUUAAUUCUAAUAGUGUAUGCCCCAUUCUUAACAACUGAGCCACCCAGGCACCCAGUGUAUGCCCCAUUCUUAAGGAACAUUAGACUGACUCUUGAUGGAAAAGCAGCUUGGUGAUACUAUAUUGAAUGUCUAAAAUAGCAUUGCUUUCUGAAUUAUUUUUAUUUAUUUAUUUAUUUUUUUAGAGAGGGUGGUGGAGGGGAGAGGCAGAGGGAGAGGGAGAGAGAGAAUCUCAAGCAGGCUCCAUCCUUAGUGUGGAGUCUGGCAUGGGGCUUGAUCUCACAAUGCUGAGAUCAUGACCUGAACCAAAAUCAAGAGCAACUCCUUAACUGACUGAGCCACCCAGGUGCCCCCUGAAUUCUUUUUAGAGCUUCAUUGUUACCUUUAUUUGUUUAGAUCGAUCUCACUUUGAUUUAAUAGUAUGAGUUCUCCAUCAAGAAUAAAAUAAUCCUUUAUUGAUCUAAAAAGAUGGAAGGUAUUUUGUUUUGUUUUUUAAUUUUGGUUAGAAUAGUGUUUUUCAAAGUAUGGUCCCUCGUUCAGCAUCCCCAUCUCUUGGGAGCUUAUUAGAAAUGCAGGUUCUGGGGCGCCUGGGUGGCUCAGUUGCUUAAGCGACUGCCUUCGGCUCAGGUCAUGAUCCUGGAGUCCCUGGAUCGAGUCCCGCAGCGGGCUCCCUGCUUGGCAGGGAGCCUGCUUCUCCCUCUCCCGCUCCCCCCUCUUGUGCUCUCUCUCUCUCUCACUCUCUCUCUCAAAUAAAUAAAUAAAAUCUUAAAAAAAAAAAAAUGCAGGUUCUGGGGGCGCCUGGGUGGCUCAGUUGGUUAAGCGACCGCCUUUGGCUCGGGUCAUGAUCCUGGAGUCCUGGGAUCGAGUCCCGCAUUGGGCUCCCUGCUCGGCAGGGAGUCUGCUUCUCCCUCUGACCCUCCGCCCUCUCAUGCUCUCUGUCUCUCAUUCUCUCUGUCUCAAAUAAAUAAAUAAAAUCUUUAAAAAAAAAAAAAAAGAAAAGAAAUGCAGGUUCUGGAUUGAGGGAGCAAGAUGGCGGAGGAGUAGGAGACCUGGAUUUCGUUUCCUCUCAGGAAUUCAGCUGGAUAGGGAUCAAACCAUUCUGAACACCUACAAACUCAACAGGAGAUAGAAGAAAAGAAUAGCAACAACCCUGAACAGAAAAGCGACCACUUUCUGGAAGGUAGGACAUGUGGAGAAGUGAAUCCGAGGCGAUAUUCGGGAGGAUAAACGGCGGGGGAGGGGCCUCCAUCGCUGCUUCUGGCAAGUGAUAGAGCCGCGGAGCACAAAAUCGGAACUUUUAGAAGUCUGCUCCACUGAGGGACAUCACUCCGGUGGCUAAGUGGGGGGUGGAACCCUCAUGGGACAGUGUGGUCUCAGGACCCUCAGGGUCACAGAAAGACCGAGGGUGCCUGAGUGCGGCAGAGCUCCCAGGUAUCGGAGCAGGGAAGCCUGCUGCAGAGAUGGCUGCAGAGACGGAGCCAAGGUGCGGGCUCUCAGCUCGGGGUUGCCAUAAACCUGAUCCGCGGCACAGUCAGGCCACUGCUCCUCCAGCAGGGACCCAACAGCGGCAGGUCCGGGGAGACUCACCUUCCUCCCCCGGGAGAAGUGGCACAGGAGCGCACCGCAGGGAUCUGCUGGGUUUGGAGACUCCACCCGGGGUCGGGUGCCAAGAUAGAAACGCGUGGUCAUAGGCCGGGUGAACACGGAGUGCGGCCGGAGACCGAGGAGACAGGAGUGACUGACAGCUUUUCUCUGGGGGCACACUGAGGAGCGGGGCCCCGAGUUCUCGGCUCCUCCAGGGCGGAGAUUGGGAGGCUGCCAUUUUCACUCUCGUCCUCCAAAGCUGUACGGAAAGCUUGCAGGGAACAAAAGCUGCUGAGAGCAAACCUGAGCAGAUUACUUAGCCCGGACCGGGCAAGGGCGGGGCAAUUCCGCCUCCGGCAAAGACAUUUGGGAACCACGGCAACAGGCCCCUCCCCCAGAAGAUCAGCGAGAACAGCCAGCCAAGACCAAGUUUACCGAUCAAUGAGAAUGGCAGAACUCCAGUGCUAGGGGAAUACUGCACAUAGAAUUCAUGGCUUUUUUUACCAUGAUUCUUUAGUCUUUCAAAGUUAAUUUUUUUUUCACUGUCUUUUUUCUUUUUUUGAAUUUUUCUUUUUCCCUUUUUCAACCAACAUCUUAUCAAUCCCUUUUUUAAAAAACAUUUUUAUUUUUCAUUUUUAGAGUCAUAUUCUAUCCCUUCAUAGUAGUUACCUGUAUUUUUGGCAUAUAUAAGUUGUUCUCUCUUUAAAAUUUUGAGAUAGUUUCUUCUAACAGAUCAAAAUAAUCCUAAAUCUCUAGGGUAUGGUUUUUUUCUACUCCCCUGCCUGAUCACAUUCUCUCCCUUUUUUUCUUUUUUUUUUUUAAAUCCUCUUCUUUCUUUUUUCAAACAACUUCUUAUCAAUUCCUUUUAUAAAAUUUUUUAUAAUUUCCAUGUUUACAGUCAUAUUCCAUCCCUUCAUCAUAUCAACCCUUAUUUUUGUACAUAUAUAAGUUUUUCUUUCUUUAAAAUUUUGGGAGGCACUUUCUUCUAACAGACCAAAAUACACCCAAAAUCUAGUGUGUGGCACUGAUCUAUAUACCAGCCUGAUCAUAUCUGAUCACAUUCUGUUUUUUUUGUUUUGUUUUGUUUUGUUCUGUUUUUGUUUGUUUUUAUCUUUAUCUUUAUCUUUUUCUUUUUUUUUUCCUUUUUCUUUUUUCUCUCUUUCCCUUUCUUUUUCCACUGCUUCAGGUCUUUUCUGAUUUGUUUAGAGUAUAUUUUCUGGGGACCUUGUUACCCUGCUAGCAUUUUGUUCUCUCAUUAAUCUAUUCUCCUCUGCACAAAAUGACAAGAUGAAAAAAAUCACCUCAACAAAAAGAACAAGAGGUAGUACCAACUGCCAGGGACCUACUCAAUACGGACAUUAGUACGAUGUCAGAUCUGGAGUUCAGAAUCAUCACUUUAAAGAUACUAGCUGGGCUUGAAAAAGCAUAGAAGUUAUUAGAGAAACCCUUUUUGGAGAAGUAAAAGAACUAAAAUCUAACCAAGUAGAAAUCAAAAAGGCUAUUAAUGAGGUGCAAUCAAAUAUGGGGGCACUAACUGCUAGGAUAAAUGAGGCAGAAGAGAGAAUCAGUGAUAUAGAAGACCAAAUGAUGAAAAAUAAAGAAGCUGAGAAAAAGAGAGAGAAACAACUAAUGGAUCACGAGGGCAGAAUUCGAGAGAUAAGCGAUACCAUAAGACGAAACAACAUAAGAAUAAUUGGGAUCCCAGAAGAAGAAGAAAGAGAGAGAGGGGCAGAAGGUAUAAUGGAGCAAAUUAUAGCAGAGAACUUCCCUAAUUAGGGGAAGGAAACAGGCAUCAAAAUCCAGGAAGCACAGAGAACCCCUCUCAAAAUCAAUAAAAAUAGGUCAACACCCCGACAUCUAAUAGUAAAACUUACGAGUCUCAGAGACAAAGAGAAAAUCCUGAAGGCAGCUCGGGAGAAGAGAUAUGUAACCUACAAGGAUAGAAACAUUAGAUUGGCAACAGACCUAUCCACAGAGACCUGGCAGGCCAGAAAGGACUGGCAGGAUAUAUUCAGAGCACUAAAUGAGAAAAAUAUGCAGCCAAGAAUACUAUAUCCAGCUAGGCUGUCAUUGAAAAUUGAAGGAGAGAUAAAAAGCUUCCAGGACAAACAAAAACUAAAGGAAUUUGCAAACGAAACCAGCCCUACAAGAACUCUUGAAAGGGGUCCUCUAAGCAAAGAGAGAGCCUAAAAGCAACAUAGACCAGAAAGGAACACAGACAAUAUACAGUAACAGUCACCUUACAGACAAUACAAUAGCACUAAAUUCCUAUCUUUCAAUAGUUACCCUGAAUGUAGAUGGGCUAAAUGCCCCAAUCAAAAGACACAGGCUAUCAGAUUGGAUUAAAAAACAAGACCCAUCGAUAUGCUGUCUGCAAGAGACUCAUUUUAGAACCAAAGACACCCCCAGAUUUAAAGUGAGGGGGUGGAAAACCAUUUACCAUGCUAAUGGACACCAAAAGAAAGCUGGGGUGGCAAUCCUUAUAUCAGACAAAUUAGAUUUUAAACCAAAGACUGUAUUAAGAGAUGAGGAAGGACACUAUAUCCUACUUAAAGGGUCUAUCCAACAAGAAGAUCUAACAAUUGUAAAUAUCUAUGCCCCUAACAUGGGAGCAGCCAAUUAUAUAAGGCAAUUAAUAACAAAAGCAAAGAAACACAUCGACAACAAUACAAUAAUAGUGGGGGACUUUAACACACCCUUCACUGAAAUGGACAGAUCAUCUAAGCAAAAGAUCAACAAGGAAAUAAAGACUUUAAAGGACACACUGGACCAAAUGGACUUCACAGACAUAUUCAGAACAUGCCAUCCCAAAGCAACGGAAUACACAUUCUUCUCUAGUGCCCAUGGAACAUUCUCCAGAAUAGAUCACAUCCUAGGUCAUAAAUCAGGUCUCAACCAGUACCAAAAGAUUGGGAUCACUCCCUGCCUAUUUUCAGACCACAAUGCUUUGAAACUAGAACUCAAUCACAAGAGGAAAGUCGGAAAGAACUCAAAUACAUGGAGGCUAAAGAGCAUCCUACUGAAGAAUGAAUGGGUCAACCAGGAAAUUAAAGAAGAAUUUUAAAAAUUCAUGGAAACCAAUGAAAAUCAAAACACAGCUAUUCAAAAUCUUUGGGAUGCAGCAAAGGCAGUCCUAAGAGGAAAGUAUAUAGCAAUACAAGCCUUUCUCAAGAAACAAGAAAGGUUUCAAGUACACAACCUAACCCUACACCUAAAGGAGCUGGAGAAAGAACAGCAAAUAAAGCCUAAACCCAGCAGGAGAAAAGAAAUAAUAAAGAUCAGAGCAGAAAUCAAUGAAAUAGAAACCAAAAGCAAAGUAGAACAGAUCAAUGAAACUAGGAGCUGGUUCUUUGAAAGAAUUAACAAGAUUGAUAAACCCCUGGCCAGACUUAUCAAAAAGAAAAGAGGGGCGCCUGGGUGGCUCAGUCGUUAAGCGUCUGCCUUCGGCUCAGGUCAUGAUCCCAGGGUCCUGGGAUCGAGCCCCGCAUCGGGCUCCUUGCUCAGCGGGAAGCCUGCUUCUCCCUCUCCCACUCCCCCUGCUUGUGUUCCUGCUCUCACUAUCUCUCACUAUCUCUCUCUGUCAAACAAAUAAAAAAAAAAAAAUCUUAAAAAAAAAAAAGAAAAGAGAAAAGACCCAAAUCAACAAAAUCAUGAAUGAAAGAGGAGAGAUCACAACCAACACCAAAGAAAUACAAACAAUUAUAAGAACAUAUUAUGAGCAACUCUAUGCCAGCAAAUUAGAUAACCUGGAAGAAAUGGAUGCAUUUCUAGAGAUGUAUCAACUACCAAAACUGAACCAGGAUGAAAUAGAAAACCUGAACAGACCUAUAACCACUAAGGAAAUUGAAGCAGUCAUCAAAAAUCUCCGAAAAAACAAAAGCCCAGGGCCAGAUGGCUUCCCAGGGGAAUUCUACCAAACAUUUCAAGAAGAAUUAAUACCUAUUCUUCUGAAACUGUUCCAAAAAAUAGAAAUGGAAGGAAAACUUCCAAACUCAUUUUAUGAGGCCAGCAUUACCUUGAUCCCAAAACCAGACAAAGACCCCGUCAAAAAGGAGAAUUACAGACCAAUAUCCCUGAUGAAAAUGGAUGCGAAAAUUCUCGCCAAAAUACUAGCUAAUAGGAUCCAACAGUACAUUAAAAGGAUUAUUCACCACGACCAAGUGGGAUUUAUCCCUGGGCUGCAAGGUUGGUUCAACAUCCCCAAAUCAAUCAACGUGAUACAAUACAUUAACAAAAGAAAGAUCAAGAAUCAUAUGAUCCUCUCAAUAGAUGCAGAAAAAGCAUUUGACAAAGUACAGCAUCCUUUCUUGAUCAAAACUCUUCAGAGUAUAGGCAUAGAGGGUACAUACCUCAAUAUCAUAAAAGCCAUCUAUGAAAAACCUACAGCGAAUAUCAUUCUCAAUGGGGAAAAACUGAGAGCUUUCCCCCUAAGGUUAGGAACGCGGCAGGGAUGUCCACUAUCACCACUGCUAUUCAACAUAGUAUUGGAAGUCCUAGCCACAGCAAUCAGACAACAAAAAGAAAUAAAAGGCAUCCAAAUCGGCAAAGAAGUCAAACUCUCACUCUUUGCAGAUGAUAUGAUACUUUAUGUGGAAAACCCCAAAGACUCCACCCCAAAACUGCUAGAACUCAUACAGGAAUUCAGUAAAGUGGCAGGAUAUAAAAUCAAUGCACAGAAGUCAGUGGCAUUCCUAUACACCAACAACAAGACAGAAGAAAGAGAAAUUAAGGAGUCGAUCCCAUUUACAAUUGCACCCAAAACCAUAAGAUACCUAGGAAUAAAUCUAACCAAAGAGGCAAAGGAUCUGUACUCAGAAAACUAUAAAAUACUCAUGAAAGAAAUUGAGGAAGACACAAAGAAAUGGAAAGACGUUCCAUGCUCAUGGAUUGGAAGAACAAAUAUUGUGAAUAUGUCAAUGCUACCUAGAGCAAUCUACACAUUCAGUGCAAUCCCCAUCAAAAUACCAUCCACUUUUUUCAAAGAAAUGGAACAAAUAAUCCUAAUAUUUGUAUGGAACCAGAAAAGACCCCGCAUAGCCAGAGGAAUGUUGAAAAAGAAAAGCAAAGCUGGUGGCAUCACAAUUCCGGACUUAAGCUCUAUUACAAAGCUGUCAUCAUCAAGACAGUAUGGUACUGGCACAAAAACAGGCACAUAGAUCAAUGAAACAGAAUAGAGAGCCCAGAAAUGGACCCUCAACUCUAUGGUCAACUAAUCUUCAACAAAGCAGGAAAGAAUGUCCAAUGGAAACAAGACAGUCUCUUCAACAAAUGGUGUUAGGAAAAUUGGAUAGCCACAUGCAGAAGAAUGAAACUGGACCAUUUCCUUACACCACACACAAAAAUAGACUCCAAAUGGUUGAAAGACCUCAAUGUGAGACAGGAGUCCAUCAAAAUCCUAAAGGAGAACACAGGCAGCAACCUCUUCCACCUCAGCCGCAGCAACUUCUUCCUAGAAACAUCGCCAAAGGCAAGGGAAGCAAGGGCAAAAAUGAACUAUUGGGACUUCAUCAAGAUAAAAAGCUUUUGCACAGCAAAGGAAACAGUCAACAAAACCAAAAGACAACCGACAGAAUGGGAGAAGAUAUUUGCAAAUGACAUAUCAGAUAAAGGGUUAGUAUCCAAAAUCUAUAAAGAACUUAUCAAACUCAACACCCAAAGAACAAAGAAUCCAAUCAAGAAAAGGGCAGAAGACAUGAACAGACAUUUUUCCAAAGAAGACAUCUUUGGAUGAUCUGGGUGAUAGACACUGGGGAGGGUAUGUGCUCUGGUAAGCGCUGUGAAUUGUGCAAGACUGUUGAAUCUCAGAUCCGUACCUCUGAAACAAAUAAUGCAAUAUAUGUUUAAAAAAAAAAAAGAAGGUUGCAGGAGGGGAAGAAUGAAGGGGGGGAAAUCGGAGGGGUAGACGAACCAUGAGAGACGAUGGACUCUGAAAAACAAAUUGAGGGUUCUAGAGGGGAGGGGGGUGGGAAGAUGGGUUAGCCUGGCGAUGGGUAUUGAGGAGGGCACGUUCUGCAUGGAGCACUGGGUGUUAUGCACAAACAAUGAAUCAUGGAACACUACAUCUAAAACUAAUGAUGUAAUGUAUGGGGAUUAACAUAACAAUAAAAAAAUUUUUUUAAAAAGAAAUGCAGGUUCUUAGGCUCUGUCCUAGACUUGCUGAAUCAGAAUUUAUAUGUCUGUGCCCAGCCAUUUGAGUUUUAACAAGCCCUCUAGGUGAUUCUCCUGACCAUUAAAAUUUGGAAACCACUUGGCAGAAACUAAGUGGGGUAUGCACUAUUAACCACAAUAUUCACAUGAAUCCAGAAAUGAGAGGUCAUUCUUAUUUUCAAUCCCAAGGCUACUAAAAUAGCUUAUGUUCUCCAGAGGGGAUCAUCAGGGAGUUCUUUCUUAUCUGUAUCUUUAGCUGAAGAAACAUUGGUAGAACUCAGGUUGUGUUAGUAACUACGCAUUCCCUUUUUUUUUUUUUUUUCCAGUUUUUAGUUUUUACACAUAGAAAAUGUAAAUAAUUAGUGGUAGUUCUACAUGGUAACUGUUCACAUUAGCUAGUUGCGGUCACUCGCCACGCAUAUAUAUUGUUUCCCCUGAACUGCUAAUCAUUAUCUGUCUUCUCUUGUGCCAGGUGUCCCCAAGACCAUACCCAAUUUUGGUGAUUCACCAGGAGAGCUCAGCACAUAGCUGUCUUCAUGGAUAAGAUUUAUUCCAGUUCAAAGAAUACAAAGCAAAAUCAGUGAAGGGAGAAGACACAUUGAGUAAAGUCCUGGGAAAACCAGGCUCAGGCUUCCAGGGUUUUCUCCCAGUGAAGUCACAUAAGGUGUACUUAAUUCCCCCAAUAAUGAGUUGUGACAACAUGUUGAAAUGUUGUCUUCCAGGGAAGCUUAGUGCCCAGGUUCUUACUAGGGGCUGGUCCCAUAGUCUCUGUGACACAAACCAAAUUCCAGACUCCCUGAAGGAAGGCAGCUGUUCAACAUAAACCAUAAUGUUUUGCAUAAAAAGUUUAGGCACAGUGAACAGCAGUUCUGGGAAUGGUGUGAACCUCCCCAGAUUCCAAGUUCCAGAUGCCUGCCAACAGCCAACCUUGCAAGCAGGCCUUUCAGAGGAUAGCAGUCAGAUCUGCUCUGCCUCUUUUCUGCACUGCUCUCCUAAGUAAAUCGGUGUUUGUUCCAUUCCUUUUAGCUACUGGUCUUGAUGGAUAUGUGUGUCAUGAUGUCCUUAGAAUGUAAACUUUCUGAGGACAGAUAGCAUCUAUUCUGUAAACUCUGUCAGUCAAGACAAGUGCCACUUACAGUGUGAGCCUCUAAUAAAACCUUUGCUUCUGCUCAUGUGGUAUGCCGGUAUUGACCACUGCUCCACUCUCUGUUUAAAUGCUGGCCAUUCUUCAAUGCCACAUUCAACUCCCAACUCUGCCAUGAGGCCUUAACUGAUUAGACAGCUAACUUUGAGCUCUCCUUUUUCUUAAUUCCAGUGGUCCUCAAAGUCUUGUGCUAUUCAAUUUAGUACAGAUUUUAUACUGCCUUUAAUUUUCCCUUCAUUUUUUCUUCUACUUAUCUGUCAUGUCCUGUCAAAAUAUGAAGUCCUUAAAGCAGUCUAAUCUUUUCUUUUUUAAACAGCAGUGGUUCUUGGACCAAAAAAAUUUGUUCAGGGCACCUGGGUGGCUCAGAUGGUUAAGCGUCUGCCUUCAGCUCAGGUCAUGAUCCCAGAGUCCUGGGAUCGAGUCCCACAUUGGGCUCCCUGCUCCUUGGGAGCCUGCUUCUCCCUCUGCCUCUCUCUCUCUGUCUCUCAUGAAUAAAUAAAUAAAAUCUUAAAAAAAAAAAAUUUGUUCAAUUUCUGAUGUAAAUUACAUAGGAAAAAUAAACCCUAAAAUUAUUAGGCCUAGCAUUCUUGUAUUUUUAGAUAUUUAGAGGUAAAUCAAAAAAGCUUCUUCCUCCUUAGAAAAAGAGUAGUUAAUCCCAUAGAUUUGAUCAGACAGGAUGUAAUUGCAGAAAGGGCACCUCUCUGUUUUACAGAAGCCUCCUGUGUUUGAACAAGGGGAUGUCAGAAACCAAAUCAAUUACAGUGGCCCUUAAUUGUUAGCUAAGCCUCAAUUAUCUAAGCUAUGUUAGACAGGGUUGAAGAAGUCAUGUUAAACCAGUUAUUUUUUAUUGUAAACAAUGUAUAUUUUGCCAGACUUUUUCCCCCAACCUAUAAUUCUGGGAAGCCACCAUCAUUGUAAACGUAGUGAUAGCUAUGAUUAAUCAUACCUCACUUUCAGCAAACCAAAUGGAACAUGUUCUAUUAGCCAAAUUUUCAAUUACCCAUAAUGCCCUUGGUCCCAUUUCCAAUGGACAGGUAAAGACAUUUCUGUGUUGUUCUUAUUUUAUCAUUAUUGAGAUGCUGGAGACUUGCCAUUUAAAAUUGAUCCCAUUCAGCAGAGGGUUUAGAACCAAGGGCUAAAAGUUAGAAGUGCUAACAUGGGGUGCCUGGGUGGCUUAGUUGGUUAAGCGUCUGCCUUUGGCUCAGGUCAUGAUCGUGGAGUCCCAGGAUCCAGCCCCACAUUGGGCUCCUUGCUCAGUGGGGAGUCUGCUUCUCCUUCUCCCUCGGCCCCUCCCCCUGCUUGUGCUCUGUCUCUCUGACAAAUAAAUAAAUAAAAUCUUUAAAAAAUAAUAAUAUAAAAUUGAUCCUGUUCAGCAGAGGAUUUAGAGCCAAGGACUAAAAAUUAGAAAUGCUAACAUGGGGGCAUCUGGGUGGCUCAGUCGGUUGAGUGUCUGACUUGAUGUCGUCUUAGGUCAUGAUCUCAGGGUCCUGAGAUCGAGCCCUGGGUCCAGCUCCCCAUUUAGCAGGGAGUCUGCUUGGGAUUCUUUCCCUCGGCCCCUCCCCCCCCCCCCAGCACGCACGCAUGCACACACUGUCUCACUGUCAAAUGAAUAAAUCUUAAAAAAGAAAUGCUAACAUGUUUUUUGGUGUUACUGUAUUUUGGUCAACUCAUUUGUUCUCACUUCUAUCAAGAUCUUUGCUAACAACUUAUACCAAGGAAUACCAAAUUCCAUGCAUGCAAAGGGCUGUUGUUCCCAUUUGAGGUGAAUAAAUCCUCUUGUCCCCAAUCUUCACAGGUACAAAGAAGCAAAUAAACGGAGACCCCGAAGUUUACUAGAGAAGUUGCGCUGGGUGACCCUAGGCUACCAUUAUAACUGGGACAGUAAG